UCAUUAAAUCAUCAUGCACAUAUAUAAAUAUGAUAAUAAUCAUUUCAGUGAUAUGCAUUCAAACUAAUGUCAUGUAAUUAAUUUAUAAUGUAGUGAUGUGCCAUUUAGAGUGAUACACUUGCUUCAAUUUAGAGAUGGGAAAUCUGAACCAUUAACUCUAAAGAAGGUUAUAGAACAAAAUGAAUAUGGUAAUAGUUAUGAAAGAUACACUUUAAACAAGUAAGUUUAUAUGUAUAAAAUAAUUGUUUUUACAUUCAAUUAUUGUACAUUGUAUAUAUAUACCAAACUUAUUAGGUAAUUCUUAAAAUUUUAGUGAAAAAAAAAAGGUUCGAGUGAAAUUUGUUAUGUCAAAAUCAAGACCACCAGAGACAAAUCAAACAAUAAGUGAACAAAGUGAGAACAUUCCUGCUACUAAUGCAACAACUAAGAGUGUGUCUGCUACACAUAACACAACUGACAAAGAGAGUAGGGAUGAAAGCAAGCAAGAAGAAGUUCAACCAAAAGUGCAAAGCAAUCCAGUAAAGAAUAGUCUUGGCCAAAAAAAGUACAAAGAAUCGACAAUCAGAAUUAUGAGAAAUCUCAAAAGAAUGGAAAAGGCAAGCAAGGAAAUCAGGAAAGGUGAAGCAAAAAAGAAAGAAAAAGGGCCAAUAGAAGAGAAAACUGUGGAAAAAGAAGUACAAGAAGGAAAAAAAGGGACUGAAAAAGAGAAAAGCCCUAAAGACAAAACUGUGGAAGAUGUCUUUCCAAAGACAACAAAUGUAGAAGAAGGACAAGAGGGAAAAAAAGAGCCUGAAAAGGAGAAAAUCCCUAAAGAGAAAACAGUGGAAGAUGAGUCUACAAAGACAACAGAUCCGAAAGCACAAAUUGCACCUGAUUUUGUUCAAAUUGAGGAUGAAACUUAUCUUCUAGAUCAAGAUGAUGAUAAAGUUUCCACAAAACUUAGUGAGGAGACAGCUCCAUCAUCACAAAAAAGUGAUCAGUCAACCAAAAUGAAAACAAGAUACAAAAUGGUUGCAAGGAAAAACAAAAACAAAAGCCUUGUUGUUGUGCCAAGUGGUAGAAUUACAAGGAGCCAGGUAAUCAUAAUACUUUUCUGUUACACAAUAAAUAUUACACUUUCAAAUAUACUAACAUAAAUUUUUUUAAAAACAAUAGAUGUUCUGUUAGAUGAAUCUGAAAAGGGAAGCCUGAAGAAGGAUGUUGAACCUGCUAAAGAAACCGCAAAAAUAGGACAGAAGAGAAG